AUGUCCCUCAAAGACGAUCUUAACUAUGCCUCGGGCAUGGACGAUGCCACCAAGCAGACGCCAACAAUCAUGAACUCUACCCGAAAGGGGUAUAUUCCAACUCCAAGCAACGACCACCUGUACUCCCCCUUGAACCCACGUGAAGCGACAGAACCCAAAAGCAAACGCAAGUUCACGGAGGCUUUUGGCGAAGGGGGGUACUUCGCGGAUGUGGUCUGGAACACCAUGACAUCCACCAAGAAGGCCAAGCCAACCAAGAUGGCUGUUUCGACCAAGGACUCCUGGAAGAACAGUGCUGCCAAGAACCGUUCGAACAGCAAGAAGGCCCCAGUAGUCACUUCAAGGAGCAAGAAGGCCCCAUCUCCUGCAGCGGCAAAGGAUGACUCCGAUGACGAGGUGAUGAUUGUUGAUCCACCCAAGGGGCACAACAAACCUGUGCUUGCCGACUUCAAGGACCCCAAGCAAGCCAAUCGUCUCAGGGAGACACUUCUCGAGUCCUCCGAUGAUUCUUCCGAUGAAGAGGAGAGCAGAGAGUCCGCUGCUAUCUUCAGGCCGCCGAGCAGGGGAAGAGUUUCCAGCAAUGGUGAAGCCAUCAGGGCACGCACCCAGAUUUCCAUUCCUGGAACUGCGUGGAAGACUCUGUUGGGAUACCACAAUGUCACCUCUCAAGAGCUUUGCAGGGUCCGCUCCAGAGUUGGCCGCCUCACUACCAAAUUGCUGGCAGAAACGAAAACUCUUUCCAAUCUGUUGGAUGGCCUUCCCCAAGGUGUUGUUGGUGUGCUGUCAGCUUCCAAAGCAUGGCGCGACCUCGGUGAGGGCUUCAGAGCAGUCUCCAUGACGGUAACUAACAAGGUUGAGUCCAGUGAAGCUCGUGUUAUGGCAAAACUCGAGGACUCUCAAUCUGUUAUGGCAGCCAAGAUCUCUUCCCUCGAAACACGUGUCAUGACAAAACUGAAGGAUUCCACUACCAACUUGAAGCGGCACACAACGCAGAAGUGUGCAAUCGGAGCAGCAGGCAGCGACUCGUCCUCCUCUUCUAAGUCUACUGCAAGUGCUCAGCGCCGUGACAGCUGGAGUCAACCUACCAAUGCUGGCUCCAACACCUCAACUGAGGUUGUUUUAGAACGUUUGGAGGCUCAGGAUGGAAUCCUCAACCACAUGGACAGCCAAAUUGACUGGCUACUCGAGAUGGUCCAAGGUCUCCAAGCAAAGUGUCCAGAUCACAAUGGAGGCAAGAACAAUGUCCCACCAAGCUUCGUCUCAGCUAAUGGGAAAUCAGACGGUGGAUCUUCCCAAGACGGUACUGGUUCUUACACCAGAAAUCAACGUUGGAACGAUCAAGAAAGGGAACGUAGAAACAGUCGAGGUAAUGGAGGAGGAACUCGAUAUGUCAACAUGACUGUCAACCAGUACUCCAAGCAUUCCCCCCGUUCUACGGCAACUCCUUCCUUGAAGAAGCCUCCACCAGCAGCUUCCAGCGCCCCGCCCAGGCCAACGGUGCACUUCAGGAAUGUCGUUGAGGCUGUACCCUUUCGUAACGUCACCACUGACAAUGCCUCUCCUCCCCACUUGACUCAGCCAGACCUUGCUCGAGUGACCCAGAAAGAGUCCACUCUCCCUGUUCGAGGACCAUUCCCCAACAAGAUGGAACAGUACAAUCAGAAGCCGAAGCCAAGGUACAACAACCCCUACAAGCAGCCGGUUGAAUUCCAGCAGCAGAAUGCUUCCUCUAGUACGUCAAACAAUGGUGGCAGCAGUUCGGACAGGCUUACCCAGAAGGAAAACACAAGCCCUAAGUAUCGCGCGGACGUUUAA